AUGGCAGCAGCAUUCAACAUUGUACGCCAGAGCUUAUUCGCUGGCAGCCCAAAAUACACAGAAAAUGAUUUACCUGAUCUCAAAGGCAAAGUGAUCGCCAUCACAGGCUCAAAUACCGGCGUCGGGAAAGAAAUCGCCAAGAUGGUCUACAGCAAAAAUGCAAAAGUCUACAUGUUCGCACGAACAACAACGAAAAACGAAAAGGCCCGCGACGAGAUCAAAGCUGCCUUUCCGGAAUCACAAGGCGAAUUGUUCUGCAUCCAACUAGACCUCGCGGACCUCGAUAGUGUUCAAGCAGCAGCAGCAGAAUUCCUCGGCAGGGAAGAUAAACUUCACGUCCUUUUUAAUAAUGCAGGCGUUGGAUUUCCUGAGUAUGGCUCCAAGACCAAGCAAGGCUACGAGCUACAAUUAGGAACCAACUGUCUUGGUAGUUUUGCGCUGACACAGAGAUUGACGCCCGUGUUGGUCGAUACUGCAAAGACAGCUGCACCAGGAACUGUUCGCGUGGUUUGGGCAUCGUCAACAGCCGCGUUUUGGACUUCCACGAAGAAAUACAUUGAUCGAGUUCAAGGUAUUAACAAGCAGAGCCUGUUUCAACAAUAUGCAAUUAGCAAGCUAGGAAACUACUACCACGCCACAGAAUAUGCUUCUCGCCACAAAAGCGAUGGUAUCAUCUCUGUGCCGCUCAACCCGGGCAAUCUCGACUCAGAGCUUUGGCGCACGCAGGGGAAACUUUUGACUUGGAUUCUUCGGAAGACUGUUUUUUAUCCGUCAUACUAUGGUGGGUAUGUUAAUAUCUUCGCUGGGUUCUCGCCUGAUGUGACGCUUGAGAAUUCGGGCAGAUUCAUUUCGCCGUGGGGAAGGUUGUGGCAUGCACUGCCGGCCAUGAUCAAAGGAUCAAGGACGGAGGCUGAAGGGGGAACUGGCCAUGCGAAACGGUUCUGGGAGUGGACGGAGGAACAAGUCUCACAACAUGUCUCCGCUCCGAGUGCCAAAGAGCCCAUUGGUUAG